AUGCCAAGCUGGACAACGAAAGUAUACGAAAGGAGAGGAAAGAUGAAAAUUAAUACUCCUACUGCAAAGGCCCUUCGCUUCUUCCAGAAAGAGCCGGAACAUUAUAUGUCCAUUGCCGAUUUGAAAGUCGUUCAGCAAAACUUUCGCAACGACGAAUCAGGUGAAUGGAAAGUAGCAGAAGACGUUGGCCUUUCUUGCUUUCCACGAACACAUUAUCGGAUACGUUGGAAUAGUACUGAAUCAGGUGCUAAAUGGCAAUCAUGGGCUCUUUUGGGUGUUUAUGUGGAAAAUACCUUUGCAGUUCGAAGCAUUUAUUCAUUCGAUAGUUCAGGUGAAGUUGACAAAGAUUUACCUUCUUCAAAAGUUUGCAUAGUUGACGAAUAUGCAAUCCUUCAAUGCCCAAUCUUUAUAUACCCUUUCGUCAAACAUUCAUUCAACAAAGCACAUGACCGACUUCAUCAUACCCUUAAAUGUACAUUGAGCCAGACUCCAACUUCUUCACCUUGA